AUGACAUCCCGCCAAUCCGACGUGUUCGACUUCUCGAUCCGCUCAACCGUCGAUGACAUCCUAAACGGCUACAACGGCACCGUCUUCGCCUACGGGCAGACAGGCGCGGGAAAAUCCUACACGAUGAUGGGCUCGGACAUCGACGACGACAUGGGCAAGGGCAUCAUCCCGCGCAUCGUCGAGCAGAUCUUCGCCAGCAUUUUGGCCAGCCCGGGGAACAUCGAGUACACGGUGCGUGUCAGCUAUAUGGAGAUUUACAUGGAGAGGAUAAGGGAUUUGCUGGCGCCGCAGAAUGAUAAUUUGCCGGUGCAUGAGGAGAAGAGCAGGGGGGUGUAUGUCAAGGGGCUGCUGGAGAUAUACGUCUCGAGCGUGCAGGAGGUGUAUGAGGUCAUGCGGCGAGGCGGCAUGGCAAGGGCUGUCGCGGCAACGAAUAUGAACCAGGAGUCUUCGCGGUCACACUCGAUUUUCGUCAUCACGGUCACGCAGAAGAACGUCGAGACUGGGUCGGCGAAGAGCGGGCAGCUAUUCCUAGUCGAUUUGGCGGGCAGCGAAAAAGUCGGCAAGACAGGCGCAAGCGGACAGACGCUAGAGGAAGCGAAGAAAAUCAACAAAUCCCUGAGCGCGCUGGGAAUGGUUAUCAAUUCCCUCACCGAUGGCAAAUCUACGCAUAUCCCUUAUCGAGACUCCAAGCUCACGCGUAUAUUACAAGAAUCACUGGGCGGCAACUCGCGGACUACACUUAUCAUCAACUGCUCGCCCAGCAGCUACAACGACCAGGAGACACUCAGCACACUGCGGUUCGGUGUAAGAGCGAAAGCGAUCAAGAACAAGGCCAAGAUCAACGCGGAACUCAGCCCCGUGGAACUCAAGGCCCUGCUCAAGAAGGCACAAUCGCAGGUCACGACGUUUGAGAACUACCUAUCUACUCUGGAAGGUGAGGUGCAGGUGUGGCGGAGCGGCGAAAGCGUGCCGAAGGAGCGAUGGACGCCUUCGUUAUCUCAGGAUACCAGCGUUGGCAAGAGACCACCCCCACAACGUGCCGAGACCCCCUCAAGGUUGCAGGAGGCGCGAAGAUCGGAGACGCCCUCGAGACCAGAUUCGCGGAUGGAGCUCGACCGGUCAAGCACACCGAGCGCCAUCCUGGAGAAAGACGAGAAAGAGGAGUUUCUGCGGCGGGAAAACGAGCUGCAGGACCAGCUUGCAGAAAAAGAGUCACAGAUCGCCAAUGCGGAGAAAGCGCUCAAAGAAGCGCGAGAAGAGCUUCAAUUCCUCAAAGACAACAACUUCCGGACGAGCAAAGACAACGAGCGCCUCAACGGCGAUGUCAACGAACUCAAGAUGCAGGUCGAAAAGAUCAACUUCGAGACCAAGGAGGCGCUAAUCACGAUGGACGGCCUAAAGGAAGCGAACUCAGAGCUUACAGCCGAGCUCGACGAGGUGAAGCAGCAACUUCUCGACGCCAAGAUGAGCGCGAAAGAGACAAGCGCCGUCCUCGACGAGAAGGAGAAGAAGAAAGCAGAGCGCAUGGCGCACAUGAUGGCCGGCUUCGACCUGGGCGGCGAGGUCUUCAGCGACAACGAGAGGAGCAUACGGCGAGCCAUCGAGCAAGUCGACGCCCUGCAUGAAAUCAGCGCGGCGGGUGAUGCGAUUGCCCCCGACGAGUUCCGCGACCUGCGACAAAGGCUGUUCGAGACGCAGGGUAUUGUGCGACAGGCGGAGCUCUCGGUCAACGAGCGCGGCGAGCAGGACGAGACGCACCACCAGCGGAUGGAGGCGCUGGAGCACCGGCUUGCGAGCGUGCAGCGGGACUACGAAGCGCUGCUUGAGCGGAAGCUCGGCGAUACGGAUAUUGAGGAGGUCAGGUCUAGGUUAGCCGACGCUUACGCCGCACGGCAGGACGGCGAGGUGGAGAUUGUCGAUGAGCUGCGAGAGCAUCUGAGCAGGAGGCUCGACGAGAAUCAGAAACUCAAGUCGGAGAUCGAGGCACUUCAGCAGCGGCUGAAGAACGGAGCGGCGACAAACGGCAUCGGCUCGAUGGGCGCGAAUGGCAAGACGGUUCAGCAGCAGAUUGCGGAGUUUGACCAGAUGAAGAAGAGCUUGAUGCGGGAUCUCCAAAACCGGUGUGAACGCGUCGUCGAGCUGGAAAUCUCCCUCGACGAAACCCGCGAACAAUACAACAACGUGCUGCGCACGUCCAACAACCGCGCCCAGCAGAAGAAGAUGGCCUUCCUCGAGCGCAACCUCGAGCAGCUGACCGUCGUGCAGCGGCAGCUAGUCGAGCAGAAUAGCAGCCUGAAGAAGGAGGUCGCGAUUGCGGAACGUAAGCUCAUUGCGCGGAAUGAACGGAUUGGGAGUUUGGAGGCGCUGCUGCAGGAUUCGCAGGAGAAGCUCACGGCGGCGAAUCAGAGAUUCGAGGCCCAGCUCACGGCGGUAAAAGCACGCCUCGAGGCCGCCAAGGUCGGCGUCGCAAGGGGAGCGCUUCCUGGCUCUCCGACCUCGACGGCGAGUUUCGCUUUCGGCGGCGCGGGGCCCAGGAUCGCGAAACCACUAAGAGGAGGCGGUGGAGAUGCGCCCAUGCCGAUGGUGCCCACGCUCGGGAGUCUGCAGCAGCAGGAGGUCGGCGGGGCGAAAAGGAGUAGUUGGUUUUUCAAUCAGAGGUCGUGA